UCAGCACUGCUGCACAGGCGACCAUAUCGGCCGUCAGGGAGAGAACGGCAAUCGCAGGCCUGGAUUAUGAAAAGAUUCAGAAAAUGUCGAGUUUUUAAUCGAUGAUCUCCGUCAGACAGAUCACUACAAUGAUAGCCGCCGAUAUGAAUUGGGCUAUAUUGUGUUCUGAUUCUAGACCCAAGGAGAUUUUCCUCUCGACUUUUUCUGACAUGUAUUUUUUCGCAAACAAAAGAAAACUGUCCCGAAAAUAAUUCAGGAAAGGAAGGACUCAGGGUGCCAGCGACCCACCCCAUGGAGAGGGUGGGUAAGGUGUGGAGCAACCUGAAGAGGGGAUGCCAGUCUCUGCUCCACCCCGAUGGAGACGUACGCGACCAGGCCACCACGACACUGGAGGCCAGCCCUCCUCCCAGGCCUCCAUCCAGCAGCUCAGCAACGCCCACGGUGUCGGGGAGGUCCAACCACGCCGUCACUACGACCAGGAGCAUCAGCGGGGACCUGUCGGUGUUCUCCAGCAUCCGGCGGCAUCCUGGCCAGAACUGCGCGGUGGUGGACAUGGCCCAGGUGCUGGAGAUCACGCUGGAGCAAGAGGUGGACGGCCGGCUGGGACAGCUGGGCAUGCGCAGAGACUCCUACUCGCGCCACGCGCCCUGGAGCGGCAAGAAGCGGCACUCGUGCUCCACGCGGGCGCAGGGCUCCCUGGAGGGCCGUGAGGGCCGCGGGAGCGGCAGGGGCGGAGGCGGGCGCUGUCGCCACCGAGGCGACGAGCUGGACGCCGACGGCGGCACGACGGGGGGCACCGUGCGCACGCUGCGGCAGCAGCUCCAGGACACCAUGGGCCUGUGUCUGCCCCUGCGCUGCUCCACGUCCCGCACGCCGCCCAAGCGCAAGAUCCACCUGACGGAGCUGAUGAUGGAGACCUGCCCCUUCCCGCCCAACUCGGACCUGGCGCGCAAGUGGCACCUCAUCAAGCAGCACACCACGCCAACCGUGGCCAACGCUGGCGACUCCUCCUCCUCCACCACCACCUCCUCGUCCACCACCCCGGCUCCCUUACCGCCCUCCGCCUCCACCCUCUCCUCCUCCUCCUCCUCCGCUGCCCUGGGCCAGCAGGACUGGCCUCGGGGUGGUGGGGGAGCGGGUGCGGCGCUCUCUGCCGAGGACGAGGAGGAGCGCCUUCGCGAGCGGCGGCGGCUCAGCAUCGAGGAGGGCGUGGACCCGCCGCCCAACGCCCAGAUCCACACUCUGGAGGCGGCGGCGCCCCUGGCCGCCCUCCACAAGCUGGGGCCCAAGCUGGCGCCGGGGCUGGGAGAGGGACUCGGGGAGGCUGGAGGAGGAGCAGGAGCACGAGGAGGAGGAGGAGGAGGAGGAGGGGGGACAGGAGCGGGGACAGGAGCGGCAGGACCCCCGGACUGUGACUCGGAGGAGGAAGACGGCACGACACUGUGCCUGCAAACUCGCCGCAGCCGCCACAGACACACCCACCACCCUCCCCCGUCCUCGGCGGCGGCGGCGGCGGCGUCCUCCUCCUCGGGCGGCGAGGCGGCGGGCCCGUGGCGCGUCCACACGCAGAUCGACUACAUCCACUGCCUGGUGCCGGACCUGCAGCGGAUCGCGGCGCUGCCCUGCUACUGGGGCGUGAUGGACCGCUACCAGGCGGAGGCGCUGCUGGACGGCCGGCCCGAGGGCAGCUUCCUGCUGCGCGACUCGGCCCAGGAGGACUACCUCUUCUCCGUCAGCUUCCGGCGCUACGGCCGCUCGCUGCACGCGCGCAUCGAGCAGUGGAACCACAACUUCAGCUUCGACGCGCACGACCCCUGCGUCUUCCACGCCGCCACCGUCACGGCGCUGCUGGAGCACUACAAGGACCCGUCGGCGUGCAUGUUCUUCGAGCCGCUGCUCACGCUUCCGCUGGCGCGCUCCUUCCCCUUUGGCCUGCAGACGCUGGCGCGCGGCGCCAUCUGCGGCCGGGUGUCCUACGACAGCAUCGGCGCGCUGCCCCUGCCCCCGCCGCUGCAGGACUACCUCCGGGAGUACCACUACAAGCAGCGCGUGCGCGUCCGGUGGCUGGAGCGCGAGCUGAAGGUCAAGUGAGAUUGGUGGGGGUGUCGCCCCAACGUGUUUCUUUUCUUUUUUUUUAUGAUUAUUUUAGUGUCCCCUGGGGGCCUCUCGCUUGGUGGUUUCAUCUGGGGCUGGGGGGGGGUCCCCGUGAGUGUCUACUUGGUGAUUAGUGAGACGGGGACAGGGAAACGGAGGGUGUCACUCGGGGCCUGUAACGAAGACGAAAAAAAAAACACGAGUCAUGUGUUGCAACAAAACUUUUAUCUCUCUUUUGUUUUAGUUACUUCUCUAAUAUCAAGAUGUAUAUUAAUUGGUGCUCCACCCUCUGUAAGCAAGCCCAGCAGCAGCCACUGCGUCAUCACAACACUCACUCGCGUAUCCUCAUUAUCGUCAUCAGAGAGGGACGGCAGCAUCUGCCCACUGCUUUGUACUUUUCUUUCUCUUUGUCUUUCAUCUGUUACUACCUAACCUUGUUCUUUUCUAGUUCAACUUUUUUUUUCCCCUGUCGUUUGUCCUCAGACAUUGUUAUUAUGCAGGACCCAGGAUUUGAGCUGUCCUUGCCUGUGCACACAGACACACACGCAC